GGAUUAACUUAUAUAUUUUUUUCAUAAUUACUUACUUUACAUUAAGAAAGAAUACAGAAUAACUUAUGUCUUUAUCUCUCAUGCGUUAUUUUUAUCGUAUUAUUUUCUAGUAAGAAAAAAACAAGAUUUUUAUACCUUUUUCAUGCCUCAACUUUGUCCAGGAAAAAAAAGAGAUAUCUUCGAUAGAGGUCAGAUUGAUCCCAGCAAAAGCAAUCAGCCUGGCGACCGAAACCGAUCGGACAUGGGCCAAAAAUCUCAUCCAUUAUCUGGCCCUGCCGGUGAUACGACAUUGUUCUGCACCCAAGAUGUCGAGGCCCUUCCCGGCCAACAGAUAUCUUUUCCCGGAGAACAAUAUUUGCUCGUGGCGCAUAUAUCCCCGUCCCUGGCCUCGCGUAUUGGGAGACGCCGUGCUGCUUUGGAAUGGGCGAACUGCGAUCGGUGUCGCUCUCGUGCAACUUACCGUGAACGUCGGCCUCCUAUCGCUCGCGGCAGUAUUUAUACGCUUCGUCCCAGCUGCACUCCUCCACCGCCGCCCAUCGAUCCAAGCCGGCGGUCGGCUUGGACGGUGGCUGGAAAAUGCUUCGCUUUUGGAGGACGCAGAGGAGCACCACCUCGUCGAACGCGUUGUCGGUCGUGGAGAUGAACGUGCACAUGGACUGCGACGGCUGCGAGAAGCGAGUGAGGAAGGCCAUGUCCCAGCUGGAAGGAGUGAGCUCGGUGGAGAUCGACAUGGAUCGGCAGAAGGUGACAGUGACAGGGUACGUGGACCGGCGGGAGGCGCUGCGCGCGGCGCGGCGGACCGGCAGGGCGGCGGAGUUCUGGCCGUGGCCGUACGACGGCGAGUACUACCCGUUCGCGAUCCAGUACCUGGAGGACAACACGUACAUGGCCACCAACAAGUACUACCGCCACGGCUACAACGACCCCACGAUCGGAUCCUACCCCUGCCACGCCUUCACGCAUGUCCUCGACGACGACGCGCUCGCCGUCUUCCACGACGACAAUGUCCACGCCUGCGCCGUGAUGUGAUGUACGUGAUGCGAAGAAGAAGAAGAAGAAGAAGACAGUAUGCGCGUAGUACUCACUGCUGGUAUGUGGUAUUCACAUGUAAAACCUGAUUUCACUACGACCUCGAAGAAAGGAGAGUUAAUUCCAUCUUCUCGCAAAAGAGAGAGAUCAUGCAUGUUAAAAAUUAUCAGCUCUCGUCAGGCCGCCGUUAACAAAUUGCUGCUGUGAACAAGCAGCUCAAAUAAAGUCUUGCUCUGAACAC